AUGAUCGACUAAGAAUUUCCACCAACCAUUGAGAAUGUAGGCAAAAAGAAAAACUUAUCUUGGAAAUCAUUUAAUGAUUUUCCCCUUUUUGUUGAAUAAAGUUCUUAAUUUCCAAAACAAGGGAAAUUAGGUAAUUGUUAUUGGAUUGCACCAUUAGUUGCUGUAUAUGCUGCAAAGUAUUUAUCUUAUAAAAUAUAAGACCAUAAUAAAUAUAAUCACUUUUUCAAUCUCAUGAUAGCAAUUUUACAACAGUAAGAUUUUGUAUUGAUGGAGAUUGGUAACUUAUUACAGUUGAUCAUCAUUUUCCUUUCAAUGAAGAGAAAUAAAAGGUAGCUUAUAGUAAAUUAGUGGAUGGUGCAUUAUGGGCUAUGAUCUUAGAAAAGGCUUGGGCAAAAUUAUAUGGUUCUUAUUAACAAAUAAGUGCUGGGUUCAAUAGGUAUCCUUCUAAAAAUAUCUUAAUCUUAGAACUACUUUUAAAGUAUUAACUGGAGCACCAACAAACAAGUUCCGAACAAGAGAUCCAAAUUUCAAAGAGAUUAUUUAUGAAAUUGGUGCAUUACGUUUUCCAGUUGGUGCAAACAGUAAAAAACAAUAGAUGGAUAAUAUUUUUGCAACAAAUCAUGCUUAUUCAAUUCUUAAAAUUGAAGAUAAUUAAAUUAUUGUUAGGAAUCCUUGGGGAUUGAAAAAUAGAGAUUAACAUACUUUAACCUUAGAUGAAUUUAAAUAAAGAUUUGCAAGUAUUGAGUGUUGUUAUCAUUUUGAUGGAUAUUAAUAUUAAAGUGAGAAAGUAACUUCAGAUGUAAUGGAACCUGUUUAUUUUGAAAUUGAAAUUAAGACUCCAGGAAAUUAUUUUUUUACAAUAAACUAAAAAAAUAAAAGAUGGUUUCGUAAUAAACCACAUUUAAAAUAUGUUAUAUCACCUAGUUAAAUUUAAAUGAUUUAUGGUGAUACAAUUAUGAAUUAAUAGAAUCAUCAAUCCAAUAAAGAAUUAUGGAUCAAUUGGAAUUUUAAUAGACCUUGUAAAAUUUAUAUCAUCUGUCAAAUUGAUUGGUAAAAUAUUGCAAUAAAUGAAUUCAUUUUCAAUACUUAUGGUCCAGAAUUCAGUCAAAAAAGAGUUUAGGAUAUUAUUAAAAGGAAUGAAGAUAUCAAUAAUCUUGGAUAAAUACAAUUUGUAUAAAGAGACUCAGAAAAAGAGUAAGAAGAAGAAGAAAAGUUAAAUUAAAAUCAAGAGGUAGUAUUUCAAUAAUAAGAAAAUGCAUAAAUAAUUUCAUCUCUACCCUAAUAGAGAGAGCGUAAAAGUUGUGGAUAAUGUUCAAUUUAUUGA